AUGACCAUUUGGACUGAAGAUAGAUUUGUAGUCUCCCUUAGACCCUUCCAGUUGCCAGGAGGUAUGCUUUCAGAGCGUGUGUACGCAACGAUAACUAUAACUGAAACGAAAGGUCAUGAAUACAUGCACGGCAAUAUUCCGAUAGGGGUUAUGUUACCUGGUUCUACAAGUUCUGAAUCAACUUUUACAACUAUGACCGGAUGGCUUACAGAGUGUCUCGAGGAGCAUGAAGGAUUCACUGCUGGGGAUCUGGCGAGGCCAUUGUCAAAACUUCCAAAGGCUAGUCUCAGCCAUCACUUGGAGACCGGGAUCGCUAUGAACAGACUCCCAUCAACUUUCCAGGACGCUGUUCAGAUUUGUCAGAGACUUGGCAUAAGCUAUAUAUGGAUCGAUAGUCUUUGCAUCAUCCAAGACUGUGAUGAAGACUGGCAAAAUCAGGCAGCCGCAAUGGCUGAUAUUUAUGAAGGCGCAAUGAUCACAAUCGCUGCGGCCCACGCCGAUAAUCCUACCAAAGGAUGCUUUAGCAAUACCCCAUGGGCUUGCAUUGGGAAUCCUCUGCCUGGCUAUGCCGGCGUAGGGUGGGUUUUUCAGGAGAUCAGCUUGUCCAAUCGAGUGAUCUACUUCGGUACGCAAGAAUUAUUCUGGCAAUGUCGCCAUGGAACGCAACGCGAAAGCGGAACUGGUAUCGACGCGCGACGGCCAGUGGGAAGGGAUAAAUACCGAUCACAUCCUGCAGACUAUGCAACUGAGGAUUUGGUCGAAUGUUGGCACACAACUGUGUGUAAAUAUGCUUGGCGGGAACUGAGUCGCCAACAGGAUCGUUUGCCAGCGAUCGCGGCCAUCGCAAGGCGUCUAGAGGCCUUUCGACCCUGCGAUCGCUAUCUCGCAGGAUUAUGGGAAUCUUCACUUGCCAAUGAUCUGAUGUGGAUGACGUUCGACGAAACAGACCAGCUUGACAGCUCUCGAGAUGAAGCAAUAAAGAAACGUAUACUCGAAGCUACCACAUCACCUUUGGGGAUCCCGACCUGGUCUUGGGCAUCUACGCACAGUGCAGUGAUAUAUUCAGAAAACGAUGAAAGUAUAGACAUUGCGGAGAUUCUGCACAUCGACUACUCCAUCAUUGGACCCACGGUUUCUGGUAAUAUCAAGAAAGCGUUUCUUACAGUUCGAGCUCCCAUUUUUGCCCUAGAUGGUAUGCGAGAGGCUUCUUCAGUACAUAUCGAUCAUUCGAGUGCUAUUCAGCCACUGCAAUCGAAAGCCGCAUGCAAGCUAGUCACACGACAUAUAUGUUGGGAUAAUUACGGCUUCGCAGACAGUAUACCUGGUAACCUGGAUUGCUGUGCUCUAUUCGUAACGAAGACAAAGCCCUACUGGUGGCAGCCAGCGAUUGUUGUCAAACAAGUAGGGCAAACAGGGAGAUACCUGCGCCUAGGGGCGAUCUGGAUUUAUUGUGCUGGAUUGUACAAAGUUGAGCGUAUUUAUGAACGGAUACCUAAGGAUCAACGCUACAAUCGAGAUGACAUUCUGCAAGCGAAGAAGGAGUAUGAGAGCAUUUUUGCGGAGAAGUUGAGGGAUGCGUCAGACCAUCGCUCCACUGGCACCAUCCCUCUCACAACAAAACACCCAACUGGAAGCCAAUAUACCUCACAAAACGCAACUUUCGGAUCAAUUGACCUCGUACGGAACCAAUCACCCUCGAAACAUCAACAUAUCACUUUGACGGUCAAAAUGGCCAACUCGCUUAACUACCCCUUGCUCGCCAUCCCAGCAUACUACAUCUUCUCGCUCGUCCCCCACAUAUACGCCGGCAGCAUUCUCUCAGCAAAUGGCUAUAAAGUCAACAAUGCUAACCCCAAGGCCUCUCUCGCGCCCGAUGCCGUGAAGGGAAAGGUCCCAGACGCAGUAUUCCAGAAAUACCAGCGUGCCGAGAAUGCGCAAUCGAACAAUCUCGAGCAAUUGCCCUUGUUCGCCGUCGCGGUUCUCGCAAGCAUCAUGGCGGAGAGGACGACGGCCGCAGGAAUCGGAAGGGAGAUUGUGCGUGGUGACGGCACGGGCUUGUCUACGUUUAUCGGAGCCUUCUUUGUUGCGCGCUCGGUGUACGGGGUGGCGUAUGUGCAGAUUGCUGAGCAUUCCAAGAGCUUUAUUAGGAGUUUUGCGUACACGGUGGGGGUUGGGUUGUCAAUAUAUCAGAUCUAUAAGGCUGCUACGCUUUUGGGGUAG